AUGAGCACAUACUUGACAGCAUUAAGUCUGGAAGAAUUCUGUUUCCGCCUGAGUUGGGACAGUAGCAUUGAAAAAAGUUUGGGCAAAGGUAAAGAACACAGCCAUAGAGAUCCUACUGUUGUAAAAGAGAGGCCUCCUGAGGAAGUUGCAGCUCGUCUUGCAAAGCAAGAUAAAGAGGAACAAGAGAGAAUCUCAGCACUUGCAGCAACCUUGGAAAGCGCUCUGAGUAAUACUGCACGUGUCACUUUACAAGCAAUCACACUCCAAGAGGCAGCUGUACAAGCUGUUAAUCUUCAUGCUCAAAAACUAAAAGAGGCUAUGGAUAAUUCUGAGGUUCCAAAGUGACAGAAAGGCCAACCCGGGCGAACAUUGGAGGAGCAACUGAAGGAUCGUAGGAAAGCUGUGGAUGAAGCGACUGAUGUCCUUGUUAAAAGCCCAAAAAAUUAAAAAAAAUGAAAGUGGUUGAUCGAGCCAAGACGUCGCAGAAUUCCUGGAGCCAAACCACACAUCUUGGCGGCAAGAAGAGAACGUCCUCCUAUAUGAGUUAUGACCCUGGACAAACGGUAGUCCAAAAAGGUGCAAGCUGCCCAGUCAGAAGCUAAAAUAGUAACUCAAUACCAUGAGCUGGUAGCUAAAGCAAGAGAAGAAUUUCAGAAAGAAUUGGAUAGUGUUACUCCAGAAGUUGAAACUGGUUGGAAGGGGCUCAAGAUAGCUGAUCUAGCUGGCAAGCUGACAACAGAUGACUUGAACUCUCUCAUUGCUCAUGCUCAUCGACGUAUAGACCAACUGAAUAAGGAGCUGGUGGAUCUGAGAGUCCGUGAAAAACAACACAUAGAGGCAGCCCUGGAAAAACAGAAACUGGAAGACAAAAAAGCUUUUGAAUUAGCAGUGGCAAAGGCACUAGAGCAUCAUAAGAAUGACAUCGAGAUUGAACAGGAGAAGAAGGUUGAAGAAGCCCAGGCAGUUAUGGAGAGUGAAAUGAGAACUCAGCUCCGCCGACAAGCUGCUGCACAUGCUGAUCACCUAAGAGAUGUUCUCAAGGUCCAAGAGCAGGAACUCAAGCUACAAUUUGAACAGAACUUGUCAGAACAACUCAGUGAACAAGAAAUGCAAUAUAAGCGACUUUCUCAAGAACAACUGGACAAUUUCACUCUGGACAUCAACACAGCCUAUGCCAGGCUAAGGGGAAUUGAGCAGGCAGUUGAAAGCCACUCAGUUGCUGAGGAAGAAGCCAGGAAGGCCCAUCAGUUGUGGCUUUCAGUUGAAGCUUUAAAGCAAAGCAUGAAAACUGCUUCUGGAGACAGCCCUACUGAGCCCCUGGAGGGUGCAGUAGAAGCCAUCCAAGCCAGCUGUUCUGACAACACCUUCACUCAAGCCUUAACAGCUGCACUUCCCCAAGAAUCACUCAGUCGUGGGGUGUAUACAGAAGAGGCCCUGAGAGCACGAUUCCACACUGUCCAAAAGUUGGCUAAGAGAGUGGCAUUGAUAGAUGAAACAAGAAAUAGCUUGUAUCAGUACUUCUUGUCUUACCUCCAGUCCCUUCUCUUGAUUCACCCUCAGCAGCUGAAGCCACCUUCUGAGCUUGGGCCUGAAGACCUGGACACAUAUAAGUUGCUUUCUUAUGCAUCCUAUUGCAUUGAGCAUGGUGAUCUAGAAUUGGCAGCUAAAUUUGUAAAUCAGCUGAAAGGAGAAUCCAGGAGAGUGUCACAGGACUGGCUGAAUGAAGCUCGGAUGACCUUAGAAACAAAACAAGUGGUGGAUAUCCUCACUGCCUAUGCCAGUGCUGUGGGGUUGGGGACAACUCAGGUGGACUGAUACAGGUGAGGCAUGCAAGACUACUUCAGAACUAGUCAAAUGAAAUGCAAGAUAGUUUUUUGGGAGGAAAAAUGAGGCCAGGCCUGAAAUAUUUCCAAGCCACACAAGAGUCUUGGUGUCAUUGAGCACGUGGUAUUGUGUCUCCUAGUACACUUAUCACCUAUACCUGUUGCAUUUGUAUCCCUUUUAUCUUCAGCCAUUUAUCAUGUCUGGAUUUUUGGCGGGUUUUUUUGGCACAACUUACAGCAAAAUUUAAGUUUCCGGGUAUUACUGAUCAGGUUUGUGAGCCAACCAAAAUAAUGUUUAUAACCUCUAUUACUAAUUUGGCACUAAUUUGACAAUUAAAUAAAAUGUUUCAAAAAGCG